AUGAUGCUGAAAACUUCAACAUAUAUAACCUCAAAAGUCCACAAUUUCCAAAUCUUUAUAGCAAGAAGUCCUAUAAAACACAUGAAAAUGGGUACUUCGAGAAGACCGUUCAUUUGCUUCUCUCUCCUCUUGCUAAUGCUACAGUUUGAGGCAUUAUCAUCUCCCGUGAAAGUGUCUGCUCCAUCUCCAAAUCAAUUUGCAGCUUCUGGUUUCGAAUGGCACAAAGAUGAUGAUGGAGAUAAAGAUGUUUUUGUUGAUAGCAAGAGGAAGAUCAAGACAGGUUCCAAUCCCUUGCAUAACAGAUGA